UCUGCGCGCAACAGCAACGCCUCGCCGCGGCCCCGAUCAGGAAGUGAAUGUGAAGGAAAUAAGCCACCGUGUGGAGGUAGAAUGACAUAGAGGGAAGAGGUGGGAGAGCAGCGCGCGGAGAAAAGAAGAGACUAUACCGGUGGAGCGAGCCUGUUUCGGGGAGCUGUACUUCGGCGGUUCGCUCAUCUGGGUCAUAGGCAAUCUACAAAGCUGCUGCACCGCCAAACAUGCUCAUAAAGGAAUUUCGAGUGAUUCUUCCCAUAUCAGUGGAAGAGUAUCAGGUGGGCCAGCUGUACUCAGUAGCUGAGGCCAGUAAGAAUGAGACAGGAGGUGGAGAGGGAGUGGAGGUGUUAAAAAACGAGCCCUACGAGAAAGACGGAGAGAAGGGACAGUACACACACAAAAUAUACCAUUUGCAGAGUAAAGUGCCAUCAUUUGUCCGAAUGUUGGCUCCUGCAUCGGCUCUCAACAUUCAUGAGAAAGCCUGGAACGCAUACCCGUACUGUCGCACAGUCAUCACUAAUGAGUACAUGAAAGAUAACUUCCUGAUCAAAAUUGAGACGUGGCAUAAACCUGACAUGGGGCACCUUGAAAAUGUGCAUGGGCUGGAUCCUGAGACCUGGAAGAAGGUGGAUGUAGUCUAUAUUGAUAUUGCAGACAGAAGCCAAGUAGAACCUAAGGAUUACAAGCCAGACGAGGAUCCCUGCAGGUUUAAAUCAGUGAAGACAGGAAGAGGUCCCCUAGGCCCAGACUGGAAGAAGGAGCUUCCCAACAAGAAAGACUGCCCACAUAUGUGUGCCUACAAACUGGUCACUGUCAAAUUCAAAUGGUGGGGGCUGCAAAACAAGGUGGAGAACUUUAUUCAAAAGCAAGAGAAGCGUCUGUUCACUAACUUCCACCGUCAGCUGUUCUGCUGGAUCGACCACUGGAUUGAGUUGACUAUGGAAGACAUCCGGCGCAUGGAAGAAGACACACGGAAGGAGUUAGACGAGAUGAGAGUUAAAGACCCAGUGAAAGGCAUGGUGGCACUAGAGGACUGAGGUUGUGUUCAACUGUGAAUGCUGCUGCUCAUCAGACAAGUACACCCAGACACCAGCGGAUUCACAUCCCUCUGUUCAUACAGCGUGCAGUGGUCCGGUCCCAUCUCUCCUCUCCUGGGAUCAUCAGGUUUUCAGGAAUUCUGGACCUAGUAAAAUCCUGUUUCAAUGAUGAUAUUUUUCUCCUCUCUUCUCAUUCUCUUCAUUUGUUUUUGUUUUUUGUUUUUUUUUUCAUCUGUCUGUGUGGUUUUCUGAGACCUCCAGUAGCAACACAAUUAAUUCAACUCUCAACAAAAUUAGGUUUUAUUUCUGACAACGAUAUCCUGUUGGUGUAUAUACUGGGAAUAACUGUAUUAAAAUAUAUACUAUAUAUAAAUAUAUAUAACAGGGUUUUUAAAAAAGGUUUUGUCUGUAGUUUUAUCUGUGAGUGUUUCUUUUCAGAUUGUAUUUCUUCAGUGCUGCGUUUUAAAGUUGUGAUUUUUUAUGUCUGCUUAUUUGUUCUUGUUACACCUCUCUGCAGUGUUUCCUUUUGUUGUCAGAAAUCCAUUUUGAAAUCUAAAAGUGAAGCCGUCUGACUGAGAAAGUUAGUCUUUCUUCUCCUGUUUAAAACUAUGGAGACAUUUGCUUUCUGGGUUAGUGUGUGUGUAUAAAUGUGAGUUUGGCCUUUUUUGUAUUUUUUCCUCCUUAAAGUUUAUUUAAAUUAAACAAGUCUUGACAGAAUACUUAAGAUGAUAAAAUAUACUAAUCAGGCAUAGCAUGAUAGAGACACUUGUGACAUGGCAGUUGUUUUUAAAGAAGAAAACAUUUGGCUUAUGUGUUGAAUGUGGGCUGUGAAGGUAAACCUGACAUUGUACUGCUCAAAGUUAGCAGCAGCAAGUGUCUGAAUGCCCAGUGCAUUGUUGUUAGCUGUGUAUUGGGCUCCAUACAUCAUAAUAUACACAAAUCAAAAACAAGUGGUCACAAUGACAUGCCUGAUCAGUUGUACACAUAUACAGAGACCUGGCAAUAGGAUUUAGUGCACAACCACAGCAUAAGAGCUAUUUAUUACUUUUUCUUCCCACUGCUCAUUAAGAAUUGCAGCUUAAUGAGAAGGUUGUCUUUGUCACUGCAAAGACAGAGUAGGAUGGAUAGGGUUCGAUUGAUUCCAAGAUCCCUUGACUGACCUUAAUCUAAAGGAACAAAAAUAAUGUGCUUUGUAUCAUGCCCUACCAGCCAUGCUCACCCACUGUGGAUAAUACUCUUAUCCAGUGAUAGCAAUAAAUACCAUCUAAUUCUGCAAAUGUUGCGAACCAGAAGCUUGAGAUUGAGUUGUUUCUAAUUUGUUAGUUGAGAUCUGUUUGUUGGGGUGUUUCUAGGUGUAUGCAUGGGUGAUGUAAAGUUGUGUGUCUUGUGAUCAUUAGUGGAAGUGGAAAGAAUGGCUGAAGCUGAAGGAGCACUGUCAGCACUACACUUCAACCCUCACUGUAUGCCAGCUUUUCACACCUUCAUUUUGGUCACGAUUUUAAAGAGGAUGCAACACAGUACAAAGACAAAUACCCUAACAACAAGGCAAUCCCGCGCUGCUCUGGUGGGUUUUGUUAGUUUUAUAAAGACUCUAGUGGACUGCUAAAUUAUGAAGUGUCGCUGUGUAGAUUAGAGGAUAGUUAAGCACAAAAGACAAAGGGGCCUUGUAAUUUAGUUACUUUUACAUCCAGCACAACUGCCCAUCAGUUGCUUCUACAUCCGAUAUGGCCACUGAAAAUUUUUUAGACCGCAUUGAUUUCGCUUUAGCAGACAUGAGCAUUUUCCACUAUCUUGCAUUCUCUUCAAAAUCACCUUGUUUUUCUUGAUACAAUUCCCCCUUACACAUGUACUGUCUGUGAUGGGGCUACAAACUGAACCAUGGAGAUUUAUGGAUGUACUGUAUGUAUUGACAUUGUAAAUAGCAAAUCAACUUAAGUAGAUGAACACACUUAUAUAUAGAUGACUAUCCUGCCAAACAACUGCUUACACACUCACAACUUUGAGUCCUUGACAGACAGUAGGGGUAAUGAAGAAGAAAUCAGCAUCUUACAGCUACAGUAUAUUUUCUGCAGAGUUCAUGAUGCUCCAAUAAUGCAAUAACAAGCUUAAUUUGCUAAACCAGAAAUAUUUAAGCAACCACCGCAGCUUGUCCAAAGUCCAUGGCUUAUCAUGUGUCAUUGGUAGGACAGUGUAUAGAUAUAUAUUUUUGUUCUAAAUGUUGUACCUCUUGUUGUCGGUCUCUGAAAUACAAUGAAUUCUCUCACAGGCAAGUGGCAGUAAAAGUACACUGGCAGCCUCCCUCAUUUACCGCAGCACCAUGGCAUUUCUUAGGUGAAAUACAAAUGUGGAAACAAAGGAACUUUUCUGGCAGGGGUCUGUCAACCACUUCAUGGAAAUACUUUUAAUUUCCUAGGGUUUUCCACAAUAUAGUAUUAAACGCAUCUUGCAUUCAUUAAUCACGGAUGUUCUUCUCCGUGAUAAUAGAUAUGUUUAUUGUCAUACUGUGGAACAUUCAGGCAAAGCAAAAACAGUUCUAUAGAGACAGUUGGCAGGCCCUUCACCAUCAAAGUUACACAUUAGAAGUAUUGUAUUAUUGUGAUCCACCACAUGGAUCUGAAAUUGUACUGAAAUUCCAUCAACAUCUUUCAAGUUAUAGUUAUUUAUCUAAUGGUGCUGCUGUAACUGGUCCCCAUAAUUCAACAAGAUAUCAAAAGUGUAAAUUCAGGUGGAUUUUAAACACCUGGGGAUAUCUGCCUUUACACAAAAAAUUGAUAAUACGGUUAAGACAAUCUCACACAUAUGGUGUUAAAUUGUGCUCAUUUCUAAUGUGAAUAUUAAACCAAAAUCUCCAAAAUGUUUUCUUUUUAAAUCUCUCUUCUCUCUAUAUCUUCCUCCUGUUAAACUGUCUCCUGUUUUUUUCUUUCUUUUAUUGUGAAUUUGUGCCUUUUGUCAUCCUAUCUUCCAAUAACACUACUGUACAUUGG